AUGUUCAUAGCUCCGGGAAACCUCCUCUCAGCUCACACCCGCCUGGUAAUCUCAUCAACCGAGAAUCAGAGCAAGAAUUCUGUGGAUUGCAAAACUAAGUCGAUUGAUCAGAUCUACUUAGCUUCGCUUCGGAAUGGAGAUCGGAACAAGAUCAGAAGCUCUCAGGAGACCUCCCUCGAAGCUCUGGUGGAUGCGAAAUUCGCUGAACGGGAAACCUCCCCUCAGGAAUGCGGCGACGGACAGAAUUCAAGUCGCCAUCGGGAAACCUCCUUCAAUGCUCUCUGGUCAUCGGAAUAUGAACGCCGGCAGCUGAAGAUCGUCGUCGGUGAAGAAACCAAGCUCUCGGAUCUGGAACGUGGAAUGGGAACUGCGGCGUCGUGGCGAAGAAGAAGCAGCUACAGUGGAGAAAUCGCGAACGCCGAGUCCGUCUUCUGCACUGAGGAGGAGAAGCCGGAGGGGGAGAGAAGGACUUUGGUAGCGGCGGCUGAGGAUGAGAAUGCCAAGGGGAGUGAUAAGGAGGAGGAGGAGGAGGAAGAAGAAGGCGAGAAAAAUGUGGAGUCACCGUCUCUGCCUUCGGAGGAAGAGGAGUCCGAGGGCAAUGGCGGGGAGGGGGACACGGAAGGCUACGGGGAGAACAUAGUGGAAGCUCCGGUGGAAGUUAAACCCAAGGGCGGCAACGGGAAGAAGGAGAAGAAACAAAGGGGCAAGCAGGAAAAGAAGGAACCGCCAUCGCCUCCGGAGGAGAUCGAGCUGCGCGUGUCCAUGCACUGCGACGGCUGCAGCAGGAAGAUCAGAUGCAUCUUGAAAAGCUACGAAGGAGUGACGGAGGUGGCGGCAGACGGGAGAGCCCAGAAGGUGGUGGUGAAAGGGAAGAAGCCCGCGGCCAGUCCUCUGAAGGUGGUGGAGCAUCUCGAGAGGGAAACCGACAAGAAAGUGCAGCUACCGACUCCUCUACCACCUCCACAGCCAGGGAAGAAGAAACCUAAAGCAAAAGAUCAGCUGAAAAAGAAGAAGAAGAAAGAAGGAGAAGACAAGAAAGAAGAGAUUGUUGUAGCUUCAUUCAAGCUUAAAAUGCACUGCCCAGCCUGCGCUCAGAAGAUCGCGAAGAAGAUCUUAAAGAUGCAAGGUGUGGAGUCAGCGGAGGCGGACUGGGAGGCCUCCAAGGUGACGGUGAAGGGCGUCUUCACGGCCGAGAAGCUGGCGGGGUACGUGUACGAGAAGACGACGAAGUACGUGGUGGUGACGAGGGACGAGCCUGCAGCGGCGCCGGAGAAGGUUGAGGAAGAAACGAGCGGCGGAGGAGGCGAGGAAGAGGAGGACGAAAGUGGCGGCGCAGCUGAUUUGUCAGGAGCUCAAGAGCAGGAGGAGGACGACAUUGAUGAAGGCGAGGACGCUGAAGACGAGAUGAUCGAUAAAGGUAGUGGAAAGGGCAAAGAGGCGAUCGGGAUGCAACCGACGACGAGGGUUGCGGAAGAAGAAGAAGCGGCAUGGAAGCAGCGCUGCCAACCGUGUUCAGCGUAUGACACGAGGUUUCCGCCCAACGUCUGUCCUCUGUGUGGGAGAGGGUCCUUUUAUUAUCCUGUUCAAAAUCAAGAGUAUCCCGCCGCUGUGUUUCCUCAUCUCUUCAGCGAUGAAAAUCCGAAUGCCUGCUCUUUGAUGUAA